CACAUGUGUCCGCUCUGUUUUGUUGUGCCCCGCGCGUCUUAGCCGCACUCUUCGUAUUCAUCGUAAGCCCGAUCCGCUGCUCACCACUCUCGCGUCGUUAGCGUCGGCAGGACUGCGUUUACUACGUCGUUGUUGCCUCCGUCGUCCACACGCUGACGAUAGCCAUGACCUACGCGGACCAGACCAAGUUCCCGUCCUACACGGAGGGCUGCGGCGUGCCCGAGUCGGACGUGGGCGGCCUGCGGAAGGAGGCCCGCCGGACGAUGGCGGAGUUCGCAUUGGAGUUGGUCGACAGCACAUCGUGUUCAACAGCUUGGCAAGCCAGCUUCCUGCCGGUCAUCUGCGCGGGCUCGGCGCUCCUGGUCUUCCCCGUCAUCCCGGCCAUUGGGCGGUGGUGGCGCCGCCUCAACGCCAGCAACGAGGGGGCGCUGUACGACAGCCUGUGCCAGCAGCGGAAGAGCAACGGGCUCCUGUCCUCCUAUCUGCCACGGGAGGGGGGUGCUCCCCUGGGGCGCCGGUCGGACCUUUCGGCGUCCACUUUCAACCACGACUGGAUGAGCGACUCGUCCUCGUCCUCCUCCGACUCGUCCUCAGGAGGGGGAACGGAGACCGACUCGGAGGACGAGGAGGCGGACGGAUUGGGGCCCACCGUGCUGGGCAAGCCGAUCGACGACGAGGCAGAGGUGGG